AUGAGCUGGGAUCGAGUCAUUCAGGACUCUGACGAGGACGAGCCUCUCGGGGACGAUGGGGUCGAGGCCUUGGCCUCAGUUGAGACCCCUCGGGGCCACGAGUCCCCGAAGCAAAAACUGCUGGACAACUUGGAUCACCAUAUCGACGAGCAACAAGCAAACUACCCAAUUGAGCAACAAGCUGAAGAAGUCGGCACUGAACCAGACCUCGAAGUCAAUUUCGAUCAAUUUUUGCAGUCACAGGACACGUCCCAAUCGGCAGUGACAUUGUCUCAGCAGCGUCGAGAGGAACGAUGGAUUCCUUCAACUGGAGAUGGCGGGGGUGGAUCAAUUGGAGUAAUGAUGACUGAGAUUGGACACGCGCAGCGCCGACUCCUCGGCGACAACGCUUCCAGCGCUAGCCAGCUUCUCCCUUCAACGGCGACUCCUUACCCAAGCGAAAUUUCCCAGCCCGGCUCGUACCCUUCAUUUCCGAACUAUACAUAUCAGCAAGUGAAUGAGGCUGCCAAUGGGGAUUACGAGUGUACUCGACCGGUCGUUGAGGACUCAUAUGAAACAACGCAACUUCUCGUGCCGACGCAUGUCAAUGACUACGAAUACAGUACACCGGCAACGUCGAAUAACGUCGAAUCUCCACUUGGUGAUGCAAAUGAACGGACAUACACGAUUUCGACGUCCAUUCAAUUGAACGAUGGUGUUAACGCAAAUCCACCGCUCAAGACAGUCCAGCCGUCCAGGUCAAUGCAGUCGCAGACGUGGUCUCCGCAUGACACCGAGCCAAUGUCAUCUGUCAUUUCUCCCGGAUUGAGUAGAUCCAAGAGUGAUAAUGCCAGAUCUGGACUUAUGUCACCGCAGCAUUCUGAGGGCAGUGCACAUGACGAGUUAGCUCUGCCCAUGGUGACCCCAAUAACGGCCGUGGAUGCUUCCGCGGUAAAGAAGAAACCCGUUCACCCAAAAAAACAGUCCCUGCCGGAAGAUGAUGAAGAGGAUGAACUUGCCGCGCCUCGGAAUUACUUUGAUUCUGACUGGAAGAAGACAGUCGAGAAGCGGCGACGGGAGUCACCUUCCAAGAAUCAACAAGCAGCGAAGAGGGAUACUAUCGAAAUCAACGACGAUUCAGAUGGACCUUCGACUCGUGAGGCUAAGCCUCAUCAUGUACCCGGCCUGAUGGUCGUUCUUCCCGUUGCUUUUGAUGGCAAAUCCAAGCGCAAUGGUGCGAAUGGGUCAACCGAAUCCGGAGCAGCAGCUACAAAACCAGCCAAGAAGAAGAAGGUCAAAAGGAGCAAGACUGCCUCGGCCGUUCUCGAUAAGCCCAAGGGAGCAGAUGUUGACGACGAUGUCAUAUGGCUGGACGCAGCCCCUCUCCAAGUGGACGAGAACAAACCUACUGAGCAAGCCGAUGACUCUCAACGAGCACAAGAUACGCCUGCGAUUGCCCCUGGCACUCCCCAACCAGAGGAAGUCCCCGCGCCGAAGAAGCGCGGGCGCAAGCGAAAGAAGACGACCGAAACGGCACCAGUAUCAGAAGGGCAGCCGCAGCCAUCUGGUCCAGAACCUAUCGCAUCAGAUAACGCCCCCACGAUCGAAGAGAACUCAGACUCAGUCCCCGACCUUCAAAACGAACCCACAAAGCCCACCACGGAACCGAAAGAGUCCAAUCCCUCUGCCCAUCCAGAGCCAGCCACGACCAACGAACUCCAUCCCCAAACACCGCAUCGGGCAGAAGGCAAAGAAAACGACCCGACAGCAGGCAAAGCCUCGCACAGUGGCCCAGCAAAGCACAGUCCGAUUCUUUCGACAACAAAGGUGCCAUAUCGCGUCGGAUUGAGUAAACGAGCGCGUAUCGCGCCGCUUCUGAAGGUUGUCCGGAAGUGA